AAAAUGGCCGACAGUUGUUGUGAAUUAGCCACAAAGCUAGUCGAAAUGAAUGCAAAAAUACACAGAAAGUAACAAGAAUUACUUUUGAAAGAGAGUGAAAUAGCGCGGUUAGCUACCAGGGAGCGUUAAUUAAGAUAUAAUGCAGUGUUGGACGCGCAGGUUUUGAUUUAUUAAUCAAAACUCACUUCGUUUUGGGUAACAUGUUCGCCUGUUGGCUAGGCUAACCAAGGGUUGCGUAGAUCACUCAAAAAUUAAAGUCGUAUUCUCUUCAAAUUGGGAUAAUGUUGGGGUUUCUGACAGCAAGACAGGCUGGACUGGAUGACCCACUGCGACUGCGACGUGCAGAGUCAACGAGAAGGGUUUUUGGACUGGAGUUGAAUCCUGACAGAGAUGUGGACCGAAUCCAUGGCAAUGGCAUUAACACAAUAGACAUUGAAGCAGUAGAGGGCAGAUACAUGUUGUCUGGAGGUUCAGAUGGAAUCAUCGUUGUGUAUGACCUGGAGAACUUCAGUGGCAAACCACAAUACACCUGCAAGGCAGUCUGCACAGUCGGCAGGUCGAGUCGGUAUGUCCACAAAUUCAGUGUUGAGACAGUUCAGUGGUAUCCUUAUGACACAGGAAUGUUUGUCUCAAGUUCCUUUGAUAAAACCAUGAAGGUCUGGGACACUGAGACAUUGAAGCCUGCUGAAGUCUUUGAGUUUGAGGGAAAUGUCUACAGCCACCACUUGUCCCCCAUCGCCAGGAAGCACAGUCUCAUUGCAGUUGGCACCAAAUACCCUAAAGUCCAGCUGUGUGACCUGAAGUCUGGUUCACGGAGUCAUGUUCUUCAGGGUCACAGAGCAGAAGUCCUGUCUGUGCGGUGGUCGCCUCGAUACGAGCACAUCUUGGCCACUGCCAGUGCAGACAGCAAGGUGAAAGUGUGGGAUGUACGUCGGGCUUCUGGUAGUCUCCUCGACCUGGACCAGCACAAAGGAGAUAAGUCAAAAGCCUCCACAGAAGCAGUAAACACAGCGCAUAAUGGCAGAGUGAAUGGCCUGUGCUUCACUGGCGAUGGCCUCUACAUCCUCACAACUGGAACUGAUGACCGUAUGAGACUGUGGAAUAGUGCCACUGGGGAAAACACGCUGGUGAAUUAUGGGAAGGUCUGCAACGAGAGUCGUAAAAAGCUCCAGUUUGCGGUGUCGCGUGGCUGCAGCCCCGAGUUUGUGUUCGUGCCGUGCGGCAGCUCCAUUGCAGUCUAUGCCCUUCACACUGGAGAGCUUGUCACGAUGCUCCGGGGGCACUACAACAAUGUCGACUGCUGCGAGUUCCACCCAGACUACCAGGAGCUGUACAGUGGAGGGAAAGACUGUAACAUCCUGGCUUGGGUUCCCGUUCUUCAUGCCUCAGCUGUGGAAGAUGAGUCCAACAGUUUAAACAAGGACGCUGCUAGCCAGCCUUCAGUGAACCCCGCCUUGCAGGAUGCAUGGAGCAGUGAUGAAGAUUAAUGCUGAUGUUUUGUAUAUGGAAAUGGACUCAUGGUUCACUGAGCAUGCAAAUGAAUACACAUCCCCUCACAAUUAAGUUGUCAAGAAAAAAUGACAAGUCCAGUGGAAGGAAUAAUAAGUUUAGUGAGAUGUCACCUGUUUUGUCUUUGCAUACAAAAUAAUAAAUGCCUUAAGUGAAUUGUAUAUAAUUGCCCAGCUUUGUAAAUAUGCACAAUGUCUUUUGAUUUGAUAAAGCCAACAGGGUCACAUAAAACCCCUGCUGGCUGCUCUGCACUGGUUCUAUUAUUGCUUUUAUCAUUAAUUUAAAUUUUUUAUUGCUGACUUUGAAAGCCCUGUGCAGCCUGGCCCCAGAUUAUUUACCUGACGUGUUAACACCACCCGCCCUCUGCACUCUGAGUCCGUCUGGUGGCUCUUUACUGAUCGUUUUCAGAUCUCGGGUGAAACUGAAGCACAACGGAGCCUUUCCCCAAACGGUGGAACGACCUGCCUGAAAAGAACUAGGCUGCUAGUUUCGUUGCUGUUUUUAAAUCUCUCUUUAAAACUGACCUUUUUCAGGAUGGCUUUUUACUUCUAUUAUGGAAUAUUUUAACUUGCUUGUUUUUCCAUGUGAUUUUAUUUUAACUGGCAGGUUGUUACUGUGCUUUUAUUUUAACUUGCUUGUUCUUUAUGUACUUCUGUUUGUUGCUUUCCCACCGUUGUUUUCCCAUGCUUCAUAUUUUGACUUUAAUUAUUGUCCAUCAAGUUUUUAAAGGUACUGAGUAUUACCCAUCUUAGUCAUGUUUGUGUAUAAUUAUGAGACAAGCAGAAUAAACUUUAUAUGAUAAAUUCA